UAUGUCUUUCAUAUAAUUUUGAUUUCUACAUUAAACUUUGAAUGAUAUCAAAUUUUAGGAAUAGCGGUGUGAAUUAUACUUUGACAGUACACAAAAUAUAUUAAAUUCGAAUAUACAUAUACAUAUAGGUGGAAUUGUUGUAAAAUCGACAGGAUUAAGAAUAGGACAGUGUUGGAUGUUAUUUAGAACAGACAUAGGUUUUGUUCGAUAAAAUGAAUGUCCUCUAGAUACAGUAACUAAACAUUUGAAUUGCACCAUGAAGUGUGGACAAAAGACCUAAAACUGCAAGAUGACAGUUAAUACACAAAGGCUGACCAUAUUGCAACAAUCAUUGGAAAAUUUACUUACAGAGAAACGAACACUUAAUUCUAAAGUUAUCUCAGACUCGUAUAAUCAUUUUAAGAAUUGUAUUUCAAAGACUAAGGCAGGGCAGGCAAAUGACCUUAAACCAUCUUUAAAAAGAUUAGAACAAAGCUUAAAGAACGAAGGUGCUUAUAAAAAUGUCAAAGCAAAGUUUGAGCAAAUCAAAGCAGAUAUUUUAGAUGUUGUUGAUAGUACUAGUACUAUGAAAGCGAUAAAACGUGAUACACAGAAUCCACAACGGUUGGACAAAAAGAUAGAAGAUAAAACUGGUAACAGAGCAAGGACGGUAACUCUCCAACACGCUCAGGAGAGACAAAAGGCAAAAGGUCACGGAAUACCUGUCGUACCUGUCAUAAAACGCCCAGUAAUACAGUCUGACCAGUCCACAUUUAGAAACAGUCAUAAAACACCAGUUAUUGAAGUCAAUGGUCGAGGGAACAGUGGAAAUGCUUCCUCUGAAGAACUGUUAGGACUAAAUAAAACUAUUUCUAGACUGUUUGAUCAAUUAGACAUUGAUAAAACCAAACACGGUCAAAAUAUACCUCAAAAAGACACAUCAAAACAAACAGCAAAGACUACAAAACCUCAGGCAAAAACGGGUCAUAAACUUCCUAAAGGUGAAGAAUUAAAAGAUGUCAGGACAUUAGUGGCCAAAUUGAAAAUAUUUGAGGACGAGUUUCAGAAAAGAAAAUUAACGCAAGAUGAAUACUUGCAAAGUUUACAAGUUGAAGUGGAGAGAUUACAAUCAGCGUUAUCUAGAAAAGAACAGGAACUUGACAGAUUGCGAAGCACUCAUUCUAUUGCACAAAGGGCAAAAGGAAAAACAGUAGAAAGAAUGGCAGAAAUCCAUGAACAUGAGAAGCGAGAUAUGGUGGUAAAGCUACAGACCUUAGAACUGAAUAUAAAGAAGAACUUAGAGGUUCAUCAUAAAGAGACGGAAGACACAAGACAUCGUCAAGUUCUGGACAAUCUAUCUUCGGAAAUACUUCGUGUGUGUACCACUGUCAACAAACGGAAUAAAAUACAUCGGACACGAUCAGAAGCUUCCAAUAUGAAUAAAAUUAGAGACAAAGAUACAUAUGAUGACUUACUUCCACGGAUUGUUAAUUUAGGAGAGGAAAUACAAAUGUUACAGAAAACAAAGUCUGAAUUGUCUAGAGAUAAUAAUGAUUUACAAGUCUGGAAGGCUAGCUUUGCUGACAUAUCUUCUGAAGUUGAUUCUCUAUGGAAAGACGUUUAUUCGAAUAGAAACUUUCCAGAUGUUAGACAUGCAUCCAAAACAGCAGAUUCAGACAGUCCAAGAUCUAAGUCUGGUCCAAUUAAAGCAAAAAUAGCAACGGCUAAAGCAUUACUAGUUAGUAAUUCUAAGAAACUUGAAGAAGCGGAAAGAAAAUUAAGUGAAGGUCUUGGUUCUUCAAACGGUAGUGAGAUUCUGAAAAAAGUAGCAGAGGAAUUAAACAAACUACAAACCGACUAUAGACCAUCUAACAGUAGACUAAGUUUGAGAAGCAUUAGCACAAAUAAAUCAGACGAACUACCAGAAACUACAGAGAUAACUCAUUCUGUGAAAAAUAUCAGAAAAUUGAUGCAAGAUUUUGAGAGUCGUAUAACCGAAUAUGAAAAGACAAUAAAAGAACAUGAUAAUGACAUGGAAGUUCUACGUCAUAGGAUUGUUAAACUUGGUGCAGGUGUACUGAACGACGACAAUAUACACGAAACAGACAGUAGAACAAAUGGAAAAGUUAAAAACGCUCACGUGCUUUCUGAAAAAUUGAGUACUAUGAUUAAAAAGUUGGAAAUAUUCGACGAACGUUUGAAACAACUCCAAGAACAGAACAAAAUAUAUAAAAGGCAGCUUGAAGGGAAAGACUCUAAUAGCCACAGACUUGCUGUUAUCGAGACAGACCUUCACGAACUUUGUAAUAUAUUGAGAGUUCAAGACACAGAAAAACAAACAGAGUCAUCAGGUGAUAAAUUGAAAGCUCAAUUGAGGCUAUGUAAGAAUGUAUCUAGAAAACUCACAGACGAGAAAGAUAAUAUUGAAAGAAAACUUGCCAAAGCAAUUAUGGAUGUAUCUGAUGUGACUAAACAUGUUUCUACCUUACAUCAUCAUAUCAGAAAAAUACGACACGUGACUGGUGAAGGCUGGAAAAGUGACCCUAAUGUCAUACAAACAGCAAUAGAAGAAGCACAACAAAAAUUGAAUGACGUUACUCAAAAUAUAGAUCAAAUGUCUAUGGAAAAGGAUGAUUUCAAAAGGAAGUACAAGAGUUCAACUGAUGACCUCUCCAGAGUGGCAUAUAAAAUACAUCUACUCAGACUUGAAAUAGAAGGCAAAAAGGCUGAAGAAGAAAAUUCAAAAAGUGCGGAUUACAAUUAUACAGCAGAUAUCGAAGCCGUUAAACAGAAUUUAUGGAAAGCAGUUGGUGAGAAAAAGGCAUAUGUAGAUACUAUAGAUGAGAAAUCAAGUCAAAUAUCGGAUUUAAAGGAACAAAUAUCGAAACUUCAAAUCCAAGUUACUGUUCGUGAAAAUGAAAUAAAAGAGAAAACCCAUGAACUUCAAAGAUUCAAAGAUACAGGUGGAGAAAUAUCAAAGGAAAACAAGCAGUUGCAAGAAAAUAUAGAGAGCACAUCAAGAGAAAAGCGACAGCUAGAAAAAGAAACUGAAAAUUUAAAGUCGACCUUAGAAAAGACUUCGAAGGAGCUAAAGGAAACACAGGAUGACAAAUCAAAUCUCUUACGAAGGCUAAGCAAAGCUAUGGGAAAUAAUCUUAGUGACGGAAAUCCCUCUGUAGCUAACCUGAGUGAUCCGUAUAGACCAGAGAAAAUGGCCGAGAAAUUUUCACAAUUAUAUGACGAUGAGUGGACCAGUGCAUUUGAGAUAUUGACUAGCAUGUUUUCUAUGGACGAGAGAAUGGCAGCAGAUUGUCUCUUGAAUGUUGCAAAGGAAAGCUACCAUUUUUGUCUACGUCUAGCUGAGGGUCAGUUAAAGGAUGUUACUCGUAUUUUACUAAUGAUACAUAGAGAUGGUGUGAAUGAAAUGGCUAAUCCGGAAAAGACGCAUUCACUCAGCAAAGAAGAUAGUCGCCAAAUAAAAGAUGUAAGAAAAGAACUUGCGAAAUAUUCAGCAGCCACUGUUAUAGGGUUGUACCAGACAUCAGAAGGAAAAUCUUAUAUCACUGAAGAACAAAUCGAACAAUGUGAACAGUUUGUGCAUAAAUGUGUUGAACUUUGUUGGCUAAUGGCAGUCAAUGAUCCACCGGUACAUAUGUUUAGUGAUCUGAAAUCAGGGGAGUCAAUAGAUACCACAUAUUUCCGACACUUCACGAGUUCUGGAGACUAUGUUGAAUAUCUUGUUUGGCCUGCAUUGUUACUUAGCAAGAAAGGACCUGUGAUAUCGAAAGGAGUAGUGCAGGCUAUAUGAAAGUCUAUAAAGAAUACUCUAUAAGAUGUCCUCAAUAAUUUUAUUUUGAUUAAGGCGUUGUACAUACAAAAACAUAGCUGGUACAUUAUUUUUGUUCACUACCUGCAAAAUAUGUAGCAUCACUUUUGAUCGUCAUAUAAUAUACAUGCAGCACUGGUGCUAAUAUGCUGUCGUUCCACAAAUUAUUUGUCCUCAUGUUAUAUUUAAAAUUAAAAAGUUAUAAUAUC